AUGCGCUACGGGGGCGUCUCAGAGGCACCACCUCGUAGCAUCGUCGGGGACAACAACGCGCUUGGCGCAACGUUGACUAUUGGCCAAGAGAAGACAUUGGUUGAUUUGCUAGAGUCAUGGAGGCCAUCGCAAGAAAAGGUUGCCGAGGACGGUCAUGAUCGUGAUAUCGCGGACUCCAACGUGGCCACGUUCCAGCUCUUCAAUCGACGGGCGAAGUACAUUCGAGAGCAAUUAACGACCUUUUCCAACACCAUCAGCUCUAUCGCGCGAAGAGGUGCUAUUCUACACGCAGCAACGCACCUUUCAGAUCACCUGCAGGUCGUGCUGUUCCUGUUCAGAGAGAAUGCGGCGAGGUUAUUCCCUCACAAAAUCAAGAUGCGAGAGGAGAAGCGUGAAUAUUUCCACCUCAGGGCGACUCUGAAGUAUGACCAAACAGGAUUCACGUUGGAGGCCAUACCUGCACAGUUAGGGUUCCUGGCGGAAGCCAUCCUUGAGUUCCAUGACCGUCUCACGGAGAUUCCCGAACUCCGGGAGCCAGUCACGGAGGCGCGCUUGGUACUGUUUGAACAGGAUCUAGUGUAUUGGCAAGGGUAUUGCGAGACGUUGAAGGACCGCUUUCAAGAAUACGUCGUACACGUCUAUUUGAAUGAAUUGCUUGGAGAAAUGGAGGUUCAUCUUGAUAACCUGUCAACGAUGCUCACCAUACUGUGCAAUGUCACCUUGCCUCGUCUCGAUACUGCCAAGUGCGCACAGAAUGACUACCUGGUCGCCCUAACGGCUGUUGCUACUCUCUUUGCGAGCAUCGCAGCUACGACGCUUUCUCUCUCAUAUGCACAGCCUCGCACUCUGUUGUGGGACUUUGUGAACGCUUUCUGGUUUUCCUCCCUGGUUCUUAGCAUUGUCUCAGUGGUCAUUAGUCUGAUUGGUCUGGUAUGGAACGAGGACCUUUGUCUUUAUCCAGAGCAACGCUUUCCUCGUUGGAUAUCCUCCAGUUUGAGGCGGUUGCCGAUGUUCCUUCUCGUUGUCGCUGUGCUCGCAUUCUCAGCUGGACUCGUACUUUUUGGCUUCUCAUCUAAUCAGCACAUUGCGACGUCCAGCGUGACGCUAGGAUUUACCGGUGUUAGUGUCGCGAUUCUCUUAGCCCUAGUGAUCUGGUUCGCCAUCGAAGAUAACCGUUUCAAGGGUAACACGGAACGGGACGCGACACAUACACUGUUUGAUCGCCUCUUGGCGCUUAUCAACAUCUUUCGAGGCAUGCGAAGGGGAAGACGGGCACGUUACUUCCUUGGAAUGAGUCGUCGCAUUGGCGCUGCCAUGAACUUCGAAAAAGAUGGCACAAACCCGCCAAGUCAGAAUGUGAGUCAGCUUAGUCAGCCUGGUCACACUACCAUCGGUAUACGCGAGUGGAAGAAGCAUAGGGUUCAAUGGUUGUAUCUUUCCAUUUGCCGGGUCAUUGCUAUGACCGUACCGCCUCGUGAUGUCCCCUUCUUUACGGAUGAUCUCCUUCACGAAGAUCUCGAAGAGGUUGACAUCUACAUGGAAGAUGAGGCGUAUGACAGUGCAUCAGAAGACAUCCGCAGCAAUGCCUCCCAUAGCGUCAGGGAGAUUUACUCAGGUUUCAAGGGCAUCGUUACCCAUAAUAUCCCCCUACCGUAUGGUUCUGAAGCCCCUUCCGACAUUCAUUUCUCUUCCAAGGGCAGGUAUCUUGCAUCCUCGGG